UCGACGUAUACCACAUAUUACUGAUAUAGCACCGUUUGCACUCUUCAAUGGCAUAACCAGUUUCUCUCUCCGAAAGUUUGGUCCAUGAGUACCCCUAUUUUUGUUUUCGCUUUGAUCCUAGGAAGGAGCACUUUCUCACUCUAGUCAUUGUCAAACACUCAUUCAUUCACUCACUAACCUUUCAAUAAAUUCCAAACCGUUUCCUCGGCGCGUAAUUGCGCAAUUCCAUUAUCUCCGAGAUCGAAAUUCCCUUCGCGCUUUGCAUUAUUUUUUUAUCAUUUCAUCGACGUAAAAAUGGCUUCUCCGUUGUCCCACGACGUAGUGGAUAGGUACAGGACCAGUGACCAAAUAUAGGGGAGUGACGGUGGGAGGGAGGUUGGUGGGGUUAGGGAGCGAGUUUGGAUUGGUUUAGUUGGGGUGGUUCUGAAUUUAUAUAAGAUGGCUGGUUCUGUAGAAAAGGAACAGCAACAAAACCAAGUUGUUGGAAUUAUCGAAGAAGAGAAAUUGCAGAAGCAGGAGAGUAAGAGCAGCAUUAAAAUCACACGUACGCAAGUGGAGAGCGGCGAAGGGGAAAGAGAGAUGACUCCUACGGCUGCCAAUUCCAUGCACAGGUCGGGUUCGAGGCCUCAACUUGAUGUGAGCAAAGCUGAGAUUCAAGGGAAUGAGGAGGAGAAGUAUCCCACCAUUUUGUUGCCUAAUCAAUCUGAUGAUUUGUCUCACCUAGCACUUGACAUUGGAGGAUCUCUGAUAAAGUUGGUGUACUUUUCAAGACAUGAAAACCAAUCAGUGGAUGAUAAAAGAAAAAGUGUAAAAGAGCGACUGGGGUUUUCUAAUGGUAACAGGAGAAGCUACCCUAUCCUUGGUGGAAGGCUACACUUUGUGAAGUUUGAAACGAGAAAGAUUAAUGAGUGCUUGGAUUUCAUUCAUUCAAAGCAGCUUCACUGUGGUGGGUUGGAGUCACGUUACUCUGAUGGUGUGACUGACCAGAAUGGCAUAAUUAAGGCUACUGGUGGUGGAGCAUACAAGUAUGCUGAUCUUUUCAAAGAAAGACUUGGGGUUAGUCUUGACAAAGAAGAUGAAAUGGACUGCCUUGUGGCUGGAGCUAACUUCUUGCUUAAGGCAAUUCGUCAUGAAGCUUUCACACACAUGGAGGGCCAAAAAGAGUUUGUUCAAAUUGAACCCAAUGAUUUAUUCCCUUAUCUUCUGGUUAAUAUUGGAUCUGGUGUUAGUAUGAUCAAGGUUGAUGGAGAUGGGACAUUUGAGAGGAUUAGUGGGACAAAUGUUGGGGGUGGUACUUAUUGGGGCUUGGGAAGACUGUUAACAAAGUGCAAGAGUUUUGAUGAGUUGCUUGAGCUGAGUCAGAAAGGAGAUAAUAGAAGUAUGGACAUGCUAGUUGGAGAUAUAUACGGAGGUUUGGACUAUUCUAAGAUUGGCCUAUCAGCUUCCACUAUUGCCUCAAGUUUUGGCAAAACAAUAUCAGAAAAAAAGGAGCUUGAAGAAUACAGACCUGAAGAUAUAUCACUUUCUCUUCUAAGGAUGAUUUCGUACAAUAUUGGCCAGAUAGCUUACUUGAAUGCAUUGCGAUUUCGGUUGAAGAGAAUCUUUUUUGGUGGAUUUUUUAUAAGGGGUCAUGCCUAUACCAUGGACACUAUUUCUUUUGCUGUACAUUUCUGGUCAAAUGGAGAAGCACAAGCAAUGUUCUUGCGACAUGAAGGAUUUCUUGGAGCUUUAGGUGCAUUUAUGAGUUAUGAGAAGCAUGGUUUAGAUGACCUCAUGGUUCAUCAGUUGGUGGAAAGGUUUCCAAUGGGUGCUCCGUAUACAGGAGGCAAGAUUCAUGGCCCACCACUUGGAAAUUUGAAUGAGAAGAUUUCGUGGAUGGAGAAGUUUUUGCGGAAGGGAACUGAGAUUACUGCACCUGUGCCAAUGAGUCCACUUGGUGGAACUACUGGACUUGGGGGUUUUGAGGUUCCUUUGUCAAAAGGAAGUACUCUGCGAUCUGAUGCAAGUGCUCUAAGCGUCGGUGUUCUCCAUCUAGUACCAACAUUGGAGGUGUUUCCAUUACUAGCAGACCCAAAAUUGUACGAGCCAAAUACAAUUGACCUAUCAGAUAACAAUGAACUAGAAUAUUGGCUCACCAUUUUAUCAGAGCAUUUGUCAGAUCUUGUGGACAAGGCAGUAGCAAGUGAAGGUGGAACUGAUGAUGCCAAGAGAAGGGGUGAUGCUUUUGCUCGUGCAUUUUCAGCCCACUUGGCAAGGUUGAUGGAGGAGCCUUCAGCAUAUGGGAAGCUAGGCCUCGCCAACCUCUUGGAAAUGAGGGAAGAAUGCUUGAGGGAGUUCCAUUUUGUUGAUGCCUACAGAAGUAUAAAGCAGAGGGAAAAUGAGGCAUCACUUGCUGUUUUACCUGACUUGCUGGUGGAACUUGAUAGUAUGGAUGAGGAAUCAAGACUGCUUACACUAAUUGAAGGUGUUCUGGCGGCAAACAUUUUUGACUGGGGAUCUCGUGCAUGUGUGGAUCUCUAUCAUAAAGGAACUAUUAUUGAAAUUUACAGAAUGAGUCGCAACAAAAUGCGUAGACCGUGGCGGGUGGAUGAUUUUGAUGACUUUAAAGAGAGAAUGUUAGGGGCCAAAAACAACAAAAAUACUCGGCACAAGAGAGCUUUACUUUUUGUAGACAACUCAGGUGCUGACAUUGUUCUAGGGAUGCUUCCUCUAGCUAGGGAGCUCCUCCGCCGAGGAACUGAAGUAGUGUUGGUUGCAAACUCUCUUCCUGCUUUAAAUGAUGUAACUGCAAUGGAGCUUCCUGACAUCAUAGCUGAGGCUGCCAAGCAUUGUGACAUUCUAAGGCAUGCUGCUGAAGUUGGAGGCUUGCUUGUGGAUGCAAUGAUUAAUACUUCAAACAGCUCUAAAGAAAAUUCAUCUUCUGUCCCUCUGAUGGUUGUCGAGAACGGGUGUGGUAGUCCAUGUAUAGACUUAAGACAGGUCAGCUCUGAGCUUGCUGCUGCCGCAAAAGAUGCUGAUCUGUUAAUUUUGGAAGGGAUGGGUAGAGCUCUUCAUACUAACCUCGAUGCUCGGUUUAAGUGUGAUGCUUUAAAGCUUGCGAUGGUGAAAAAUCAGAGGUUGGCUGAAAAAUUGGUUAAAGGGAACAUAUACGACUGUAUUUGCAAAUACGAACCUGUUAGUUGAAAGCUUCUGUGGACGGGUUGAUUCUAUAAUUCAAUCAGUACUAAGACCCUGAAAGAAUCAUCUGGGUGUAUAAAUUUCACCUUAUGCUUUUUGUUUCUGUGCAUAGUGCAAAUCCAUAUUUUUGCAAUUACAAAUUGUGUACCGGAAUCUUAGACAAAACUUUGGGGAAUAAUAUUGUCCAAUAUAAUUAGUUAAGACUCUGUUUUAAUGUUAAUUUCGUAAGUUAGUACAA